AUGCACGAGGCCGCCAUUUUGACGACACCUCUGCGCGGAGCGAAAAACUGGACCGUCUACUCCACCCAUGCGGGGAUUCGCAGCCAUUUCCUUCUCAGAUAUCUCCACAGAUAUCUCCUCGGUAUCCAUCCUAGACUGGGGCAACGGCAACUGCGGCGGAGCGGCCAUCUGGUGAGAAUUCACGACGCUCGCCUGCCAAUGCAACUCUUCUACGGAGAAUUUGCAACGACAGCUAACCUACGGGGAGGACCCAACGACGCAGCAAGAAUACUUUGAAAAAUUCUCCGAAGCAAUUGCAUGUCAAUCCGGAGACCUGGGAGAUUCUCGCCCAGAACAUACCGACCUGUAAAAAAGAGUGAAGACUGUCGCAACCUUCUACGAAGCAAACCGGUUCGCCGCCGCGAAGCCAAAAGGGAUGGUCUCAAGUCACAAGUGUCUCGGGUCCUCAAUGCCAGCGGCCGGCCACCUUCAACAUGUCCCCACUGUCAAAGCAAAUUCCGCGCACGAAUUGGUCUCGUCAAACAUCUUCAGAAGCAAUUUGUCAACAACCCGGCAACGUCAACUUCUCCUCCCACGAACAUUCCUGCCGCAAACACCUCGACGACGAACACCCCCAUAAUUGGCGACCAGGUCUCUGAUGCUCUGCCGAUAUUGAUUCCCGGCACCAUCUACCCCGCCUCAACCCAUGUGUAAAUCGCAGAGACCGGCGCCGCCAACGCCACGACCUCUCACUCUACGUUGCCGAUGGGAUGACAUCCGAAUUCCCGUCAGCUAGUACCAUCGCCAUCAUCAGCCCAAAUCCGUCAAUGUAGACUCGGUCCAUACUUGUUCUCAUUGCGAUUUCACAUGCACCUCACUCACUGGCCUGGUCAUUUACUUGAGAAUCCUCCGCACGAAGACAGGAGAACCAGUGUCUAGGGCGCCACAUACACUCGUUGCAUCCGCCUCAGCAGCCUUCACUGCUACGGCACAUUCCUCCACUGUAUUAGUGUAUACGGUCCCAUGCAUGGCCACGACAACGGAAUUCACCGCAAUGUCGUCACACCUAAUACACGUCGCCCACCCAUAAUGUCUAGCUCGAUCAACACUACAUCGCUCAGUACGCCCACUACCAUCACCAUUAAAACCGAUGCUGACGCUUUCCCUCUAUCUUGCCCCCACUAUCCCCGCACAUUCCCCUUAUGCACUGGGCUGGUCGGUUACCCGCGAACCUACCGCGCGGAGACUGGCGAACCAGUGUCUGGAGCACCAAAAUACACCAGACGCGCCCCACUCAACUGUCUGCAUUGUCGUCACACAUUCGGCAACCGCAUGGGCCUACUAGGCCACAUGAGCCACACGGAAACCUGCGGUAGACCACCGCCGUCUAUAGCACGCCAAUACGCAUUUAUCCACCAUCACCUACAAGUCACUUCGACAUCACCCACUAACACACAAUGCUCGUAUCCAAUUGAAUCCUUUCACAUGCAUGGGAAGUGUACCUCUCGGCUCCUUCUCCAUAUAAAUAAAUAAAUGAAUUGUUUUAUUAAGGAUCCUUGGGGAUCCUAUCAUAGCAAGUAAAAAUAAAUCUUCACAUAAAUUUUAGAACAGGUAGACAGAAUCUGUACAGUAUUCAGUUCAUGUACAUAGAAUAAGCGGUCUGAUAAGAAAACUAGUUAGCGGGCAGUGAAAAAACUCCGUUUUUCAAAUAAACGUGGGAAUGUGACUGGAUUAACUUUUAAUGAGAUAAAAUUGUUAUUCAUGGGGGGAUAAGUGUGCGGGUCAGGCAGGACUGGCCGGCAUGUGGUAGUCCAUAAGGGAUCCGAAACGAACAUCGUAAAAGCAGAAUUCAUAAACCGGAUAAGGUUUUUUGCAUCAAAUAGGCGAGACGAAAGGAACCCAGACGCGAUCGGUCGCAGUCCGCUUCGAGUUCAGCCGAGGAAGGGGCAUUAAACGCUGAGGCCGUCAUCAAAGCAUACGGGAAGAAACAAACAUAAGAUUUCUUUGCUGGCUGACCAAACUACUAGUAGGAGGCGAAAACAGAGGAUUCCGCCAUGAGCGUCGGCAGACCGCUGGGGUCGAAAUGAGAUGACAUCAAGAACCGCAAAAACCAUCGUUGCGGAAAAGUAAUUGCAAUGGGUUUCAUUGCCAAUUAACAGAGGGUUAUUAAAAUAUAAGUAGGGGUUUCUCCGAUACAGAGAAUUCAGUUAAGGACGGUGCCGAGUUAGGAUCUUCUGAACACCACUUAUACUUCCGGCAUAGUGCUUCAAGCAGUCAAAAUAUGGAGUAAAAGUUACUGUUUGGCGGAUAUAGUAUACUCCGCAAUAGGGGACAAGAAGAAAGGGGGAAUUAAACGAUUAUGUAAAACAGGGGGGAGUGACUAUGGUCACCGUAGUGCAACCAAAAGGAUAGGGCUUGCGAACAGUUUACUGCUGCGACUCCGGAGGAAAAAUAUCCUUCAGAUGAACUCGCCGUGGCGUUCUUGUCUGCAAAUAAAAAGGGACACGUACAUUCACGUUGCUUUUUUUCUACCUGCUGCUCUAUCCUUCUUUCAUCUCAUCAAAACAACUGCCUGUAAUCACAGAAGGAGACUACGCUAGUUACUGACCCGUUCAAACAAGAGAACCCACAUAUUCAAACAGAGUCGCGACGGGACAACUUGCAAUUUUUCCAGAAUGGGAGGUUUUUUGAGACUAUGAUGUUCGCCUAGUGCAGUGCCAACUAUUAGCAGACUUGAUAAGCUUGAAUAGACUUUAAAAAUACCGAAACUGCCUGCAUCUGUCAUUUUCCCUCUCCGUAAUCUCUUUCGAAAUCCUCCGGUAAGCUGUACAGGAUAACAUUCUGGGGUUCGCUUAGUUUUAACUGUUCCGGCACGUUUUCAUAGUAGGGUACUAUUGGUUCUCAGAUGGUAGACCUCUGAUCCAAAGUUUCUUCAAAUGCUUAAGCCUCUUCAAUUGUAAACACCACCGACAGGCUAUCCCGUGCGCAUGAAUUUAACCUACGGAGGCCGAUGUCGCGCAGAAAUUUAAUGAGUGUUGCAUAUCCUACUACAAAAAUGGCCUCUUCAAUCGGCUGAAUUUUAGGUUAGCUGACACUCAGAUAAACCCUUCCGCCUAUCUAGGUUUCUCCGAUAACUGGGAUUGGGGUGAAAGAUUGUCGGCAGAUGUUUAUGAAGGCCAGCCGCCUUUCAAUCUUGAUGAUUAUCACCGAAUCCCCGUAUCAUUUAUUCAUGGAUGUUGAUGCUUGCGUAAACUACUCACGAAGAAAAUCUGUCUUACGUGUGAAACGCCUUCAUGCGCAACGCGUAUGGCCGAAAUAUGAAGUUUUGCAUGUUGUGGCAACCUUAGAAGAGACUAGCUUCUCUUUUAUGUUGUGAAUUCUAGCUAUUCAUUUGGUCGAGAUCUGCGGUUGCGUUUUUCCUUCUCUUAUAAGACACUUAGCAACUCCACUAAGCACAGUUUAUUUGUAGAUUGUUAAUGUUGCACAAAAAGGAACACAAACGACAUAGAGCAACCGAAACAUUCAACUUACUUUGUCAUCCAGUUGUUUGAACAGUAUUACACUUUAAAUGACGUUUUAAUUGCAGUUCCUAACAAAUCUGCCAGUCUAGUACAUGCCUUUUGCCCAUGUUUGUGUUCUUACAUUCAGUAGAUCUUGCUCGCUUUAAUCCCAGGUGAUACGCAUGAACUAUGGAUGGGCAAUCACUGACAGAGUCAAUGAUCCUUAUGAGGGCCCAAAAUCAAACUCUGGAAUCUGUAAAAAGAGUUAA